AUAGGUUGUUUUUCAUGUAAAUCAAUAAACCAUGACAAUCCAGCUUGUGAAGACAAGUUCAACAAUACCGCAGGUUAUUAUAAACAGAAUUGCUGGGCCUCCAGAACUGGAAGAAUUGGUAAAUUCCCAGGAACCCAAUGUAUCAAAAUGAUAGCAGAAGAUGAGGAUUCAGGUUAUUCUAUGUUAGUCAGAGACUGUGUAGUGGAUAACGGGGGUACUAAUGCCGAAACAGAGAUAGGCAGAAUGGGACAUUGUGGAUGGAUGCGGGUCAUCAAAUUUAAUGAUAGACGAAUGCGUGGUUGUCUUGUGACUUGUGAUACAGAUGGAUGUAAUGGAACUCAAUCUGUGUAUUCAAUUUCAAUACUGACACUAUUGUUUUUGCUAGGAGUAUUUUAUCAAACGUGA